AAAUACUGACUGGAAACAAAAAAAAAAUAAACUUUCUAUUGUAAGUUCUCUUGGUCUGGUUUGUGCCAAAUAGUGAGCGGCUCUUUCUGCUGUUCUGUCUGUCUGUCCAGUCCUGGAGGCGGGUGAGUCUGAGGCUACCUGAGCAGCAGCCUGCCUGUGCAAGGAGACCUCAGACCAACGCCCUGACCUGCAGCCUCCCUAACUCUGACCUUUCAGAAAGUUCAGGGCAGAAGGUGGAACAGCUGUAGGUGCUUCCAAAGCCUGAGUCCAACCUGCCCAUCUCUGAGGAAACCAAGUUGACUUGCUGGGUACAAAACAAGAGGAAGAGACAGAAAGGAGGAAAAGCCCAGGGCUUUGUUAGCGGCCCACCGGGCCCACGCAGAUGCUGGCUGUUUCCUAAGGCCAGCCUGGGCCUCCACUUGAAGAGGCCGCUGUGCCAAGUUGUGGCCCCCAAUCUCUCUGCCCCUAACCCACCCAGGCACCCCUUUCCCACUCCUCGCCCUGAACCCAGUUGGCUUCUUCUGCUACAAUUAAUUUGCUACAAAUGGAAGGUACUUACCCCAUCCUAGCUCGAUUGGGAAACUCCUCAGAGCAGCUAAAGCGCAACUAGAGAUUUGCACAUUUACCGACUGCUUACACUGAUGCCGUCUUUCCUUUUAAAAGUUAUAAAACAGUAAACUUUAUAAGCCCCAGUUCCGGCUAUCUGACAUUUGGGUGCCAAAUGAAUAGGGUUUUGUCUAUGAAUUAGAUCGUAAAAUCAUCCAUAGCACAGACAGAUCGGCUCACUGGCUAUAAAACGUCACGUGGGGCCAUUAAAGUAAGUUUUAUGGUUUUGGGGAGUUGACAUCCAACAUUAUAUACCACAUAACAUAUAAUCUCACUGACGCUGGACUCCAUUUGACUCUUUUGCAGGCUACGUGUGCCGCCUGGUCAUUCAAAUUGUCAAUUUUAGGUCCAGAAGUGUCCAAACCACAAGUUCUCAAAACUCUCUGAAAAAUGGCUCCCUCCGAGUUAAGCAAUUCUGAAAGGCAUUCUCUGGGAAAAGUCUAUGGAGAAGCAAGGGAUCUUCUUGCAAAUAAUGUGGUCUCGGGCAAAGACGCAGAAUCUUGGCUGUCUGCUCAAAAAAUGCCUAGGCUCUUGGUGGAAACUGAAUGUCGAGCUGCAAAACCUCACAUGGCAGAUUGUCAUCAAUUAAGAGCUCCUGGACACUGGAAGAAGCUAUUCCCUGAGCUCCCCGGAGUUGGAGACAAUCUGGGGUUCGGUCUUAAACAUCUUGCAAGUUAACAAAGUGUCCGCUAUUCCUGGAAAACUUGAAUAACUCCAGGACUGAAAUACACAGAGUUGCGGUCUGCGCUGGGCGGCCAUUGGCGGCGGAGCGUCACGUGACCGCGGGGGCGUGCCAAUGUGCGCCCUCACGGGUGUCAAGCCCCUGUCAGAGUGUGUGAUCAAGAUCGUGAAACAACGCGAUGCAAAAAGCGACCUACUACGACAGCUCCGCGAUCUACGGUGGCUACCCCUACCAGGCUGCCAACGGGUUCGCUUAUAAUGCCAGCCAGCAGCCAUCGUACCCGGCGUCCGCAGCACUGGGCACCGAGGGCGAGUACCACCGACCCGCCUGUUCACUCCAGUCACCCUCCAGCGCCGGGGGCCACCCCAAGGCGCACGAGCUGAUCUCCCCACCUCAGAAUGCCAGCAGCAACCCCACCCCAGCCAGUGCGGCCAAGAGCCCCCUACUCAACUCGCCCACCGUGGCCAAACAGAUCUUCCCCUGGAUGAAGGAGUCUCGACAGAACACAAAGCAGAAAACCAGUGGCUCCAGCUCAGGGGAGAGCUGCGCAGGCGACAAGAGUCCGCCUGGGCAGGCGUCCUCCAAGCGCGCACGCACGGCCUACACGAGCGCGCAGCUGGUGGAGCUGGAGAAGGAGUUCCACUUCAACCGCUACCUGUGCCGGCCGCGGCGCGUGGAGAUGGCCAACCUGCUGAAUCUCACCGAGCGCCAGAUCAAGAUCUGGUUCCAGAAUCGCCGCAUGAAAUACAAGAAGGAUCAGAAGGGCAAGGGCAUGCUGACAUCAUCAGGGGGCCAGUCCCCAAGUCGCAGCCCCGUGCCCCCGGGCGCUGGCGGCUAUCUGAACUCUAUGCAUUCGCUGGUCAACAGUGUCCCCUACGAGCCCCAGUCGCCCCCGCCUUUCUCCAAGCCCCCCCAGGGCGCCUACGGGCUGCCCCCUGCCUCCUACCCCGCACCCCUGCCCAGCUGCGCGCCCCCGCCGCCCCCACAGAAGCGCUACCCAGCUGCGGGGGCAGGCGCAGGGGGCACACCCGACUAUGACCCGCACGCUCAUGGCCUGCAGGGCAACGGCAGCUAUGGGACCCCACACUUACAGGGAAGCCCCGUCUUCGUGGGGGGCAGCUAUGUGGAGCCCAUGAGCAACUCUGGGCCGGCCCUCUUUGGCCUAACUCACCUCCCCCACGCCGCCUCAGCUGCCAUGGACUACGGGGGUGCUGGGCCGCUGGGCAGCAGCCACCAUCACGGGCCUGGGCCAGGGGAGCCGCACCCCACCUACACGGACCUUACUGCCCACCAUCCUUCUCAGGGAAGAAUUCAGGAAGCCCCCAAGCUCACCCACCUGUGAUGGUGGGCUCGGGGCUGCGCGCCAGGAGAGCCCCCCCAACCUUUCUUCGUUUGCUUUUUUUGUUUUAAGGUUCUCC